GGCGCGGCCGGGAAUCCGAAGGUGGGGGCGGAAACCAGCCUUCUCCCGGAAGUGUGUGUGGUUUCUAGGGGGGCAGGAAGCGGACCGGGGUGAGAACAGGUGCGGCGGGGUCUUCGUCCCGGGUUGGCGGGCGAGGAAGAAAAAAAAAUUUAAAAAGCGGCCAUGUCGGCCUUCGACGCGAACCCCUUCGCGGAUCCCGUGGACGUCAAUCCCUUCCAGGAUCCUUCGGUCACUCAGCUGGCCAACGCGAACCAAGGUAACCUGGAUGAAUUCAAUCCCUUCUCGGACAAUUCUCGGCAAACAAAUGCUGCUCACACCAUCCCAGCAACGCAGCCUGCGGGUGCCUCUCAGCCUGCCGUUCUUCAGACCUCAGUGGAGCCCACCCCACAGCUGCUGCUUAGACAGGCCGGCAAGUACCUGACUCCCAAAUUCAUCUCGGCAAGUUCAGAAAGUUCAGAGAGGCAGAAGUUGCUAGAGGAGAGCAGCGAUCAGACUCGCCGGCAGGUAAAACGCUCUAUGGCCUCAGCAGCGCAGGCUGGGCUCCUGAAGCAGCAAGAGGAAUUAGAAAGGAAAGCUGCCGAAUUGGACAGAAAGGAGCGUGAACUGCAGAACAGCGCAGCUGGCUUUGACACAAAGCAGAACAAUUGGCCACCGCUCCCAAAGAUUUGCCCCAUCAAGCCUUGCUUCUAUCAAGAUUUCUCUGCGGAGAUCCCAGCAGACUAUCAGCACAUUUGCAAAAUGAUGUAUUACCUGUGGAUGUUUCACUCGGUCACCUUGCUGUUAAACUUCCUCGCCUGCCUGGCAGUAUUCACGGUGGAACCCACCACCACGGGAUCAGAUUUCGGCCUCUCCAUCUUAUGGCUCGUCUUGUUCACCCCCUGCGCCUUCCUCUGCUGGUAUCGGCCAGUUUACAAGGCUUUCAGGUCUGACAGCUCCUUCAGUUUCUUUGUCUUCUUCUUCAUAUUUUUCUGCCAAAUAAUCGCCCACAUCGUCCAGGCUGUUGGUAUCCCUAACUGGGGGAGCAGCGGCUGGAUUUUUGCCUUCUCCGCGACCCAAAACCUGGCUGUGAAGAUUAUCAUGAUGGUGGUAGCCAUGUUCUUCACGACCUGCGCUGUGCUCUCCCUCUUCCUGCUGAAACGAGUCCACUCGCUCUAUCGCCGGACAGGCGCCAGCUUCCAGAGAGCCCAGGAAGAAUUCUCCCAAGGCAUCCUCAGCAACAGGAACUUUCAGUCGGCGGCUAGCGGAGCAGCUUCCGCGGCGGCUCAGAAUGCUUUCCAAGGAAACUGAGCCUUCCCCAGCGAGGUGCCUGCUUCCAUUCCUCACGGUACCUGAUCGCCCACGUUCAGGUGGUCUUCUCCCCACCCCGCCCCUUCCUGGGUGCCAGCCUUAACUCCCACGAGGCUCACAGGAAGUUUUCUCUCCAACUUCGCCCGCCCCACCCCUCCUGUCUCUCCAUCCGCGUCUUGUUGGAAAGUGCAAAAUUCAGGAGUGCCUAAAACCCUUUGGUGCGAUUUUCUUUCUUUUUCCUCCCUUCCCUCUUUCCUUCUUCUUUCCCUCCCUCCUUCCUUCCCUUCCAAUAUACAUAUUUUGGUUUUUUUUUACUUAAAACGUGUCUGUUUCCUGCACUUUUCCGUUUCUUCUGUUGUGGGAGGGUGGGAAAAAAAAAGCGAUUUUUGCACUCUUGACUCUCCCGCCGGAAGCCUCCCUGAACAAUUCCUUCCCUUCGUCUUCCUGGCUGCUGCCUUUGAUGAUUUUUAAUGAGCCGAAGAUCGUUAACCGCCAGUGUAGGAUGAGCUGUACAGUACGGGCUGGUUGUUUGUUUUUUUCUUUGCCCCUCCGGUAUAUUUUUCCUGGGAGAUGCGAAAGGCCCAAUUUGUGGAAGACAUUCCUGGCUCCCCCAAAGCCAGCAAAGCAAACCAGGUUUCUUAUCGGGGGGUUGUAAUUUUGGAUGGUUGGGGGAAGCAUAAAGAUUUAUUCCCCGGUCACAUUAAGCCCCCCUGAACAUUAGCAACCUGGAUUUUGAAAGGAGGCGAUGGGGUUUCAUGUUUAAGCAGUGCAGCAAACCUUGAGAUGAAGGAGGCAAUUAUUUCUAAUUCGGUUUUAUUCAGUGCUGUCAUAUAUCUGCUUUCGUCCCGCUGCCCUCCUUGCCUAGCCUCAAUGCAACUGCCAAAACAAGCAAACAGUUCUUCAAGGAGAACGUUUUAGCAAAAGCUCCCAUCUCUCAAUAAUAAUAAUAAUAAAAUAGGCCUAUGGAAACACCUCCUCUGAUUUUUACCAGAAUUUUUUUCCUUUCCCACCAGUUGCUGGCACCUUUAGUUUCAAAAUAAAAUUUGGAGAGAAAAAGACGAGAGUUUUUUUUUAGCCAAGGCUUGUUUGGGGUAGAAUGGAUGACAGGCAGCGGCCUCCGAAAUCUUAAAAUCUCUCUUUUUUUUAUUCAAAACUGAAUGACAGCCGUUAAAAAAAAAAAAACUUCCGGCCUUUCCUCAAAAAAGGCCCGUUAUGAGUUCUCUGCAAAACGAAUCAGUGUUAAAAGAAAAUUUCUAGAUCCCUCCUCUUCUGGUAGGCUGGAUCGAUGGAUCGACUCGAAAUUGGGGAUAUAUAGCUCUCAAAAACACUAAGCGCUCUUUGGUUUACUUCCAUCGACCUGAUUUAAGUGAUCUAAGAUGCACAUCUUAUAAGAUGAUCUUUUAAUAAAUCCGAUGACGGAGAAACAUCCAAAGGGCUCAGGUGCAUUUCGCA